AAAACGAAAUAUCAGAGAUACAAACUGGCGCAUUUUCAGGUUUGCUAUCAUUGCAAACCCUCAACCUCGCAGGAAACAGACUUUCAAUAUUGAGAAAUGAAACAUUCAAAAGCCUGAUAUCAGUGAGAACUCUAACCCUUCGCAAUAAUGGUAUUUUAGAGAUAGAAACUGGCGCUUUUCUUGGUUUGCAUGCAUUAGAAAUGCUUGAAUUGCAUAACAAUAAACUCAGAAUUUUUAAAAAAAGAAUAUUUAAUAACCUCAAAUCCUUACAGCAACUAAAACUUUUCCAAAACGAUAUUUCAGUUAUAGAAACAGAUGCAUUGACUGAUUUGCAAGCAAUAAGUACAUUCUCAUUAUUUUCAAAUAAACUGACAAAUGUGACAGAAAACAUGUUCAGUAAUUUAUCCUUUCUUUAUAGCAUCGACCUUUCACAAAAUAAAAUAGAUAUGAUAGAACUUGGGUCAUUUUCUAAUUUGGAAAAAUGUGAAUACCUAUCUUUGUCUUACAAUAAAAUCACACAUCUUUAUGCUGGUAUGUUCAGGGGUAUGGUCUCGUUACAAUCCCUGCGUAUUGCUUUUAAUGAAAUAACAUAUGUUGAAUUCGGGGCAUUUGCAGGUCUUAAUAGUCUUCGAAAUCUCUUUAUAAGUAACAAUAACCUGCAGAAAACACUAACUGAUAUAUGCGAACAUUUAUUUAAAUUAGAAUUUUUAGAUAUCAGAAAUUACAGUAUGUCGUCUGCCCAUUCUGAAUACACAAGUAGUAAUGAAAUAAGGGAACUAUGUUUGACCACGAGACCAACAACUGUCAACAUUACAGUAUCACCCGCUGAGAAAGCGAAGCAACCAUUGAGUGUAUUGAUGAUUUCUAUAAUUUGUGGAUGCUCAGUUUUCGUACUGUUCACAAUCACAAGCGCCUCUGUUGUUUUCUACAAAUGGAAACCCAAGAAGUCAAAUGACACAAAUGAUGACGACAAUAAUGACACUGCUCACCCGAUGCCGUCGACAUUGAGGGAAUAACUGAGACAU